UAGUCCAUGUUCACAGAAGUCAUGGCUCAAGUCUAUUAUCCAGAGGUAUCGCUUCCUGAAUCCACACAAACUGCUAUUAACAACAUUUUAGAAAGAACUGGCUUUGUAAUUAACCAAGAGAAUGGACAGCGGAGGAUGGGUUAUCCUUCAAGCUGGGACGGAACACCCCCGCCAAAAGGUUGUGAAAUUUUUGUAGGAAAACUACCUCGGAAUAUAUUCGAAGAUGAACUCUUUCUUACCUUUGAGAAGGUCGGGGAGAUAUUUGAGAUUCGACUGAUGAUGAACUAUGACGGCAAAAAUCGUGGUUACGCCUUUGUAACAUUUUUUAACCCUGAAGAUGCCAAAACUGCUAUAAAAAAAUGGAACAAUUAUGAAAUUCGAAAGGGUCAUUUUGUGGGUGUUUGCAAAUCUGUUGAUAACUGUAGACUUUUUAUCGGCGGAAUCCCCAGAAACAAAAAGAAAGAUGAAAUUUUAGGAGAGAUGAAGAAACUGACAGAAGGCGUUGUUGAUGUGAUUGUUUACAGUCAUGUUGAAGACAAAUCAAAAAACAGGGGUUUUGCAUUUGUGGAAUUUGAAAACCAUAAAGCUGCAGCGAUAGCCCGUCGUAAAUUGAUGAAUGGAAAAUUCCAGAUGUGGAACCACGACAUUGCUGUGGAUUGGGCAGAACCUGAACGAGAAGUUGAUGAAGAAAUUAUGUCAAAGGUAACCGUCAUCUAUGCCCGUAACUUCAUGGUGGUUACCGACGAGGAAAAGAUAAAACAAGCAUUUUCUCUUAAUGGCGAAUUGCAAGUAGAAAGAGUUAAGAAACUCAAAGACUACGCUUUUAUACAUUACCACUCACGUGAAGAUGCCGACAACGCAUUGCAGAACAUGAAUGGAACGAUUAUAGAUGGCGCGGUAAUCGAAGUAAGAUGGGCCAAACCACCUGAUGAGCGUAAUCGACAACGAAACAAGGGAAAUAUGGACACAGCUGCUGGAAACCCAGUGCCUACCUUUUAUUUUCAACAACCUAAUUCGCAACCUGUGGUAUACCUUCCUGGAUAUGCACCGCCUGUGCCUUAUGUUAGUCGUGUACAUCCACCGCCACCACCUAUAAGAAUGCCCUCUCGAGGUCGAGGUCGUGGAGCAGCUGGAAUAAGACCAUCUCGUGGUGGAGUGACAGGAUAUACAGGAUACGCUACUGGUAGAGGGGCAGCUGGUAUGAAACGUAACGUGGAGUCUCGUUUCGUUCCCAUGUCGGGUAUGAUCCAUGACUUGGAAAUUUAUCCAACUAAUCCUGUUACAUUUCGACCAACCCGCUCUCCGCAGCAGGUCUUGAAUGAUAUUUGCGAACAACGUGGAUGGGGAACAGCAACGAUUGACGCGGUUCCAUCUUCUUUCCACGAGCACGGACGAAAUGUGCAGUACUGGACAGGGAAGGUUUCGAUACCGAAUUUGCCGUCUCAAUACAAUUUGAAUCAGAGUACCAGGGCUUAUCCUGACCCUAAUCAAGCCAAGCAAGCAGCAGCUGAAUAUUUUUUAAGUCAACUUGGAGUAGCGUAUGAGCGUAAGAAUGGUUUCGAUCAACAACCUAGUCACAGCGUAGUUCCAAUUCCACCUAGCUCAGGACCUGGAGUUUUGCAUGCACCUCCUCCCAGCUUUUCAUACCAGCAUGGGCCUGUGGGUGUAAUCACUCAACCUUCUUAUGCUUGGUGUGUGGCAGAUGGUCGAGUUUACGAUCAAACUUAUUACGACGCCUCUGGACAAGACCACCAAAACUGGUUCGGCUAGAAAGAUUUAAUGUUGGAAUUUGACUUCUGGGUUUGUUUUGUUUUUGUAUAAAAUGUGUCAAAAAUGAAUUUACUGUUUUUAGGUUGCCUUUUGUUUUGCUAUUCUAUGUUGUUGUUUUUUUAUGUUUCGGUUAAAUAUAUCUAGUAAUAUUCAAACUGAAAGUUUAUUUUACUUUUAUUUUCACGAUAACGUUUUUGUUAUUAGAAAUUAGUUUUGGCCUUUUCACUUGUCUUUGAGUGAAAUAGUUUCGAGGGUUUUGAAGGCUUCAGUCUGUGAUAGUUUCCAUUCAUGAAGAGAUAUAUCAACAGUUAGCUUUCUUGAACGGUUGUUUAUUCAUUCCGGCGUUCAAGAACUUAAUAUUUUGGUACUAGUUCAUUCUGAAUCAACUUGUGUUUACAACAGCACAAAAUGAACAAACGUCUAGGAGGUAAUAACUGUGAGCUAGAGACUCGUAAUUAACGAAUAUUAUAGGAUGUUGGAUGAAGUAAUGUUUAAUUAAGUAUAAGUACUGAUAAUUGAAUUAAGGCGAAAUGGUCAUUUUUUUAUCUAUUAUAGAAAUGAUGUGGUUAAAUCUUAAAUAUAAACGAUAAGGUAUCUUAUAUAUGGGUGUGGUAAUGAUUUUGAUAUAUAUAUAAUAUUACAUGGGUGUGUUGUCUAGUCAGUAGGUUCCUUGAACUAAUUUGUUCUUAGCUUCAAAAUACGGUGUACAAACAGCCAUUACGGAUUUUAUUCUUGAUGCUGGUAUUAUAAAAAGAAAGUAAAAAAAAUAGAUACAAAAAGAACAAGCAAAUAAAUAUUCUAAUGUAACUGUCCUUCAAGUUCAAGCAAUCCACACAGUUGUGUUUAAGCCUAAAAUAUGCUAAAAUAAGGUGGGCAACAAAUGGCUUUAGACAGCAUGCCUAAUUUGUGAGAGUUAAACUCCUUAGUAAUCUAAUUAAUCCGGGCCUGGUAUGAGCCCUCAUUUUCUAAAAUAAUUACCAAAGAAACGUUAUUAUCAAAAAUUCAACGUUUUAUUUAAAAUAAUAAUAAUAAUUGCUAUCCUGUGAUGACACUGUUAAAAACAUGUUUACUUUAUACUAAAAUAUUAAAUUAUCAUGAACAUGAUAAAUAAUGUAAUAAACACGAUUUUCUUUUAUACUUCGUGUUUAGAAGACUCGCAGUAAACAACAAAAAUCAUCAGCCUACGCGUGGGACGUUUUAGUAACUCAACUAACUGUUGUGAUUUCACACUCGUGACGCAAUAGUAUCUUAUUGAAGUUACAAUUUGCAACACAAAAAUUCUAAAUAACAGGUCUAUUUUUUAAACACCGGUAUUUCUAUUUUUAUUAAUAUCAUGUGUUUUUAAGAUUUUUUAAUGUUGAAACAAAUCGUUAUAGAUGUUAGCAACACGUUCGGAUCUCUUUUGGUAUAUGUAUAUAUAUAUAUAUACUCACAUGCUAAAAUGUAAACUAAUUAUUACGAAUAUAUAUAUAUAUAUAUAUAUAUAUCAUAUCAUCAUAACUAAGUAAGUAUAUUAAAAGUUUGGGUUGAAGAUGCGUAAUACUUUAUAGCUAUGUUAAGAAUAGAGCGACAGGUGAUUUAUUUCGUUUGUGAAACAAUACAAAUUGUUAAAAUAACUUACCCAAUAUUGUAUGCAAGAUUCGGUAUUUUAGCAAAAAGCUACACAAUGGGCUUCCUAUGCUAUGUCGACCAUGGGGACUCAAACCCCGGACUUUUAGCUUUGUAACUCCUUAAACUUGCCGCUGACCCUUUUACAUAAGGCAUAUACACUUCCAUUUAAUUCAUCCUCUACACGUACACUUUUUAAGAAUAAUUUGAUUUAUGUUGUAAGUUCUACAGUAAGUAUCGCUAAUACUACUAUCUCUAUGUCUGGUCCUUCUUGUAUAAAUGCAUAUCCUUCCAUUGACGUCAAUAGGAUUCUUUUAAGGGGGGGGGGGGGCGGUUUCUCAAAUGUAAGCCGCGAGUCAAUAGGAGUCCAGUUCAUGGCCCAAACAAAGUUCAUGCUAGAUUGAAGAACCACAUUAGCAAACGAAAGAGGUUGUGAAUA